AUGUCGUCGAACUCUUCGUUUAUGCCAUAUGUCAAACCUGAGGAGAGUAUUGGUUCAAACAAUAAGCAAGAUCCAUCUCUAUUCUUGACACUAGCGCCUCCUGUUUCAGCUGGAAAACGAGUACCAUGCUCUCAUUUCAAGAGGAGGAAACCGAGAAUUAAUAAAGUGAUCAGAGUUCCAGCGAUCAGUGGAGUGACUGCUGAUGAGUAUUCUUGGAGGAAGUACGGGCAAAAGCCGAUCAAGGGCUCACCAUACCCACGGGGUUAUUACAAGUGCAGUUCCUCAAGAGGGUGUCCUGCGAAGAAACAAGUGGAGCGAGACCCAAAAGAUCCAUCUAUGCUGAUCUUAAUUUACGAAGGGGAGCACUUCCACCCUCAACUCACGGUGCAGAAGAACAAUGCUCCUGCUGAAGGGUGUCCUGUGAGGAAACACGAGGUGCGAGCCACGGAUGAGUUGUCUAUGUCCACCAUAACUUACGAAAAGGAGCACCACCACCCUCAACCAAUGGUGCAGAAGAACAUGACUCCUGCGGAAGGGUGCCCGUGA